AUGAAGAGAACUCGUGAUGAUAAGCCACUAGACUGGGAACAGUGUGUGGGUGAGGAAGUGGUACAGCAACUGAGCAAGUUGAGCGGAGGAAGUGGCCCACGGCCGGAGCUGAAGGCUCAUUGGCACUACGAAUACGUGAUCGCGUGGCUUUACAACGUAUGCCGGUCGUUCUACACUGCAGAAGAAGCUGGAAAGCCGCUGUGGGCCGACGUAACGUUUGAGGAGGCGGUACUGACGCAGGACAUGAUGCGAGACACUGGAGACGGCGAAAGCGACGGCGAAGCGGACGGCGAGAAUGACAGCGAUGGCGACCAGGCGCCGAACCUGUAUGCGCAAGUGCGGCUGCGCGUGCUACGGACGCUUACACAGACUAAGGACGCGCAAUUGCGCCAGUGGGAUGCGGCUGUGAAGCCAUUUCUUGCGGAUGUGGCCGGCGCAGCGUUCUACGCGGCGCACGACACGCGAUUUGCAGAAUUGGACGCGCGGGAACAGUUCGACGUGUUGUACUACUGCGUGAAGCACAUUGAACGCCGCAGUGCGGUGUUUCGCCAUUACCUGGGGGCACAUUUGCACCUGUUUCAAUUUCCGCAGUGCGCGACGGACGACGGACGUACAUUGCUGCUACUGCCGGGCGGGAAACUGGUUGAAAAGACGGCUGCAUGCCCGCACGACAACGAAUUGCAUGUCCCCAUCAAGUUGCGCAAUUGCACGUUGCGGCACGAGGAUGCGGCAGGUGGAGUCGAAGUGAUGCACCUGGAUUUUGGUCCGGAUAUCGAUGCAUAUCUGGCGCGGAUAGCACCGGAGUUCACGCCGAUCGCGUGCAACUGGACUGAUUUCGUGGAUUACGCGGUGCUUACGAAGGACAGGAGUGUUCAAGAGUUUAUGGCUGCGUAUCUACCCGUGGUUGCCGCACACGAGUUGCAAGCGCGUCGCAUUUUACAAGUGCGUGAGCGCGAACGGUCAAUGGCUGCGUUACUGGUGCGCCGUAAACGUUCUUCACGGCUGGUGGCGCGUGAGGAAGAGACCCAGCGACGCGAACUCGAGGCGCGCUGGCUCGAGAAGCUCGAUGAGCGCGACCAGUUUUUGCGUGCACGCCAGCGUGCUGUGGCCAAGCAUACGCGUGCCGUGAAGGAUACGUUGUGGUCGCUGCUGUGGGACCGGUUUGAACAAGAUUUGCGGGUAGAGAAGCUACGGCGUCGCGCAGAGGGCACGCUUGCAGAGCAUCUUGCGACACCCGAGCCCACUGCAACACCUCCGGAAUCGCAAACUGCUGCCGUUGUCACACACGGCGGGGAUGCGACUGGCGUCUCCAGCGGCGCGUCUGACUUCACUGCAAGCACGGCAGAGGCUAGUGCAACAGGCCCUGCUGCGACAUCCACCGCAGCUGCAGCCCCCGCAGCGGCAACGCCCACAGCGCCUGCACUCUCCGGCAUCGAUUCUGCAGUGCUCGAACACGGUGAAAAAUUCCAAGUCGCACUGGUCGAGGUGGACCCGCCGCAGCCGGCCGAGAUCGCAGCUAAACCUCUCGAACUACCGGAACAUCUGCUCGUCACACGUGCGGAGCUUCAGGACCUCGAACAACACGGCAUCCCAGUUUCAGACUACGAUCCUGACUCAACGGACUGGCUCUUCCAAUGCCCCUGCAGCGUCGCAGGCGUCAACCUAAACGACGACCCUGCGGUGCAAGGCUCUCCCAUCCUAUGUUGCGAUGCAUGCCUCCGCUGGCAACACUGGGAAUGCCAGCGCGAGCAGUGGCUUGCGUUGCAAGCGUCCCCCACCAAACAGCACGCAACUGUUGUCCUGGGCGCACCACUUCAUCAUCGUCGCAGUUCGCGUCGCCAACAUUCCGAAGAACCUUCGCACGCUUCCGAACUACGUCCGACCGACAAGCGAGCGGCCUCAUCCCAAUCCGAGCCCUUCAUGUGCGCUUGGUGCAUGCGCCAGCUGGAAACCGACUUGCGCGGCGUGUUCAUUCCCGAGCUCAUGACGCUCCGGGCCAAGCAACGUAAGCAACACGAUGAUCGCGAAAGACGCAAGAAGCUCAAGGAAGAGAGACGUCUGCUCGAGCCGCAGCUUACUCAGCCUACCCAGCAACCUCAGUCAGCCUCUAUUACAUCGUUUAAUAACACGUAA